UAUUUUCUGCGGAUCGCAACAAGUGACAUUCCAUGAUCACGCCAGCACGACUUGAAGCAAGUCAACAUGCAAGUCGGCCUUUGUAACUUGUGUAUGUGGAUAUUGUCUGACCUAGAUUCGAAUAUUUGCAGUAGUCGUCAAAGAGUUUGAAUAUUGCUGAGUGCGGAUGGUUAAUCAAGUCUUCAAUCAAGUAACAGCGCACUCUACAUUCCCAUCGAGCAUGUCUAUUGUCGAGGACUACGACAUGGGAGGUAACGCCAUCAGCUUCCUGGAGGUCGAUGGUUUUCGGUAUCCUAUCGUUGACUCAGAAAUAGUCAAGGGCAUGUCGCAGCUGAAGGCCAAGGAUGACGAUAUCUUACUACUGGCGUAUCCAAAAUCAGGUACACAUUGGACCUGGGAGAUCACGUCCAUGCUGCUCCAGGGUAAGGCGGAGACCAUCCCUCAUUGGAAGAGCAAAGUCAUGGUGGAGCUGCAGCCACAGGAAGUCAUAGAUGCCUUCCCAGCAUCCCCUCGUGUCCUCAACACGCAUGUCCGGUACAACCAACUUCCGUUACAAGCCAGGGAGAAGAAGUGUCGGAUGAUCUAUGUCCUUAGAAAUCCUAAGGAUGUUGCCGUGUCCUUCUAUAACCAUCAUAAAUCUUUCGAGAAUCUGUACAAGAAUUACAAUGGAUCGUUAAACGAUUAUCUCCCUUUCUUUCUGUCUGGGAAAACGGACUACGGAUCCUGGUUCGAUUCUAUCCUCCAGUGGGAGAAGGACAUCGAGGCCCAGCGAGAUAGACAUCCAAUACACAUAAUGUACUAUGAAGACAUGAAGCAGAACCCCGUGGAAGAGAUACGGAAGUUGGCAGGGUUUCUGGGAGUAUCUGGAGAUGACUCACUGUACAACGCCGUGGCGGACAAAUGUUCUUUUGAGAAUAUGAAGGAGGACAAGGAACCAUUUGAUCCUAAGUUUAAGGGCAAACUUUUGGUUUACAGGAAAGGUCAGGUUGGUGACUGGCAGAACUGGUUGACACCAGAUCAGAACGAGAUGUUUGACAAGGUGUACCAGGAAAAGAUGAAGGACAGCAAGUUCAAGGACAACAUCAGGUUCACUCUGCCCUAAACAGGGGUGACACAAAUGCGUGUAAUAUCAGAAUACAAAGACGGACUCAAAUACCCAGAAAUCAGAACUCCGUGUCCAAUGCAAAAGCACGCGACUGCAUUCAAGACGUUGUUUCGAUUCGAGUAAAGUUGACUGCCUUGCGCUUUGUAACAGUUAUGUAAAACAAACUGAGAUUGGAAAAUAUAUAUGGUCCUACAGCUGGAACUUGGAGAAACUGGACGUUGCAUCAUGCAUGUUUUAAGUCAAUGUAGACUUAAAGUAAGACAAGUUCUAUGAAUUAACAACUUCUUUAUUGUAAUAAAGAAGUUGUUCAUCCAUAGAAUUUGGCUUACUUCAUCACACCAACUUCAAAAUGCCACUUAAUGAAGUCAAUGUAGACUUGUCAGUUAUAGGAUCAGAUUGUUGAGAGUGCAUAGUAAUCAUUACCCGCAUCAAUAUUUUUUAAUGCUUGAAAGUUUAGAGGAUAAUGGUUAAACAAAAUUGGUUAGCUGAGGAAUUUUACCACUGGAUUGUCCUUUUGGUUUUUUUACAUGAUGUUGGGGAGUGCGACUGGUUGUUAUGGUUACGCAUCUUGACGUGAUCAGGUAUCAAGAGCUAAAGUCCUGUCCAGUUAUGCUGAUCCCAAAUCAAACUUACAACCAGAAAUGUACAUAUUAAAUACGCAGGAUAUUUUCUUCUAACUGUGUACGUUUAUUAUACUUCCACAUAAUCUAAAAAUAACCCAAUCUCAUUAAAAUCAGAUCUUAGUUCUCGCUGCCGCUAAACAAAGAUCUGAGGACAUCACAUUAGGGGUCACGUCAGAACGACCUUUCAUCCGACCAAUCAGAGCAUCA